UUAAAUAAGAUACAAGCAACAUUGUUUUAACAAUUAAUCAUUGUUAAUGCUUUGAUAUCUAAUACGAUAACACAUAUACACGUUAGAAUGGAUUACCAAUUGUGAUAUCUAAGGAUAAUCCCAAAGAUAUCAUUUGGCACACACACACACACACACACCAUUCAAGUGGCCGGAAAUCAUAAUAAAAAGAUAAAUCUAAACACAUUUCUUGUGUUAUCAAAUUUAAUUGAGGAUUAUUCUAUAGAAGAUCAGCAUGCCCAACUGGAGCGUGACGAAUAUUUUUCGCGUUCUCACACGCAAGAAGCCAUUGGAGGACUCCACGGAAUCCAAAUUGGCUAAAGUGCUAUCGGCAUUUGAUUUAACAGCCCUCGGUAUUGGCUCGACACUGGGUGUGGGUGUCUAUGUCCUGGCCGGUGAAGUAUCCAAGCGUUAUGCCGGCCCAGCAGUGGUCAUCAGUUUUCUAAUUGCGGCCAUUGCCUCGAUAUUUGCCGGACUCUGUUAUGCGGAAUUUGGUGCCCGUGUGCCCAAGGCUGGAUCGGCUUAUAUUUAUAGUUAUGUGACCAUAGGCGAAUUCAUCGCAUUCAUCAUUGGCUGGAAUCUUAUACUCGAGUACGCAAUUGGUUCCGCCAGUGUGGUGAAAGGGCUGAGUACGUAUUUGGACUCACUUUGCGGUUAUGCCAUGCGUGAUUUCCUGGGCACACAUUUGCCCAUUAAUGUCCAGGGCUUGAGUGCGUAUCCAGAUUUGUUUGCAUUUAUCGUCACGAUAUUAUUCUCCUGGGGCAUAGCAUCGGGAGCCAAAGAGUCGACCCGUGUGAAUAAUGUUUUUACCAUGCUAAAUUUGGGCGUCGUGCUCUUUGUCUUUAUUGCCGGUCUGUUUAAAGUCUCCAGCAGCAAUUGGUCUAUACCAAAGUCAAAAGUGCCAGAAGGCUAUGGAGAUGGAGGUUUCAUGCCUUAUGGCAUCUCAGGCAUUAUCAAAGGCGCCGCUGUCUGUUUCUAUGGCUUUAUUGGUUUUGAUUGCAUUGCCACUGCCGGCGAGGAGGCUAAAAAUCCAAAAAAAUCCAUUCCAUUUGCUGUGAUCGUCUCCCUGGCCAUGAUAUUUUUGGCCUACUUUGGCGUUUCCUCAGUACUAACAAUGAUGCUGCCAUACUAUGAGCAGGAUGAGAGCGCUCCAUUGCCACACGUAUUUCGUAUUUAUGGUUGGCAUGUGGCCGAAUAUGUGGUUACAAUUGGAGCAAUGUUUGGCUUGUGUGCCAGCUUGAUGGGUGCCAUGUUCCCCCUGCCACGAAUUGUCUUUGCCAUGUCCAAUGAUGGUUUACUAUUUAGAUUUCUCGGCGAGAUUAGCAGCAAAUAUAGGACCCCAUUUAAGGGUACCAUGUUGACGGGUCUAUUAACUGGCAUUUUGGCAGCCAUAUUCAAUUUGAGCCAAUUGGUCAAUAUGAUGUCCAUUGGCACCUUAUUGGCCUAUUCCAUGGUGGCCAGCUGUGUUCUAAUGUUGCGUUACGAGGUCGACGAGCGUCGUGAUAGUCGUCUUGUGAACGGCAGUGGAUUCGCCUCCGCCAACAGUGAGGAGUCCUGUGCCCUGUGGCGGCGUCUCUUCAAUCUGAAUGGCCAGACCGUGUCGACUAGACAAACUGCCAGGAUUGUGACCGUUACAGUAGCCCUGUUUUCUCUCUGGAGUCUGCUCUUCUCACAAAUACUGACGAAAUUCGAAGAGGAUCUGGAACAUGUCACUCAUUUUGAUUAUAUACUGUUAAUACUCGGCGCCAUACCUUUAAUAGUAAUGCUCUUCGUUAUUUCCCGUCAGCCCACUUCAGGUGUGAAGCUCUCAUUCAAAGUUCCUCUAGUACCCUGGCUACCAGGCAUAUCCAUCCUGAUCAAUAUAUACUUAAUGAUCAAAUUGGAUAUCCUAACAUGGGUGCGCUUUAGCAUUUGGAUUGCCAUCGGUUUGGCCAUCUUUUUCUCCUAUAGCGUUCGACAUAGUCGGUUAAGGCAAAAGGAGCAACGCAACAAUUCCAUUGCCAUGAUGAUGAGGGAUUCCAGCGAAUCGGCCCUACUCAGCCAGGAACGUACUAAAUAUGGCAAUGAAGUGCCUCUGAUAUUGAUGCAUAGCUCAUCAUCGUGAACAAUGACAUAAUUGAUAUUCUUUGUUCUGUUUUUUUUUUAUGUUUAUUGCCUGCACAGAAACAUUAAUUAGGUUUAGGAUUUGCAUCUUAACUGGAUCAUACAUCAAGCAUCAAUACAUAUGCACAUAGAUACAUUUACAACUAAUAAUAGGUAAACCUUCGGGAAAGGACUCUCAUAAUAUUUAAAUAAAAACCAAAAAUUAUACACAUGCAGAGUACAAUAAGCAAUAAAGUUAUACAUACAUAUAUAGAAAAUAAAA